AUGUCGACAAUUAACUUGCAUCCACCGCAAACAUAUUCGCGCUUGUUCCGCCCCUGGGAUACGCAGCGUCAAGCCAACGCCGCCACACCGCCGCCGGUGCGUGCCAUUAAACGUGAACGUGAUUCAGAUGCAUUGAGCAUUAAGCAUGAGCUGCCCAGCAAUGGCAGCAGCAGCAGCAACUGUUGCUAUAGCCAUCAUGGCCAGGAUAGCGAUCGCGACUGCAGCUCCGACUCCAGCAGUCGCAGCAGCAGCAGCAAAUCCAGCUACGAGGAUGGCCUAAACAGCAGCUAUACACGCACCUCCACGCCACUGAUGGACGCCACACCGCAGCCAGCGUUUCAAGCUGCGCCCCAACCUCAAGCCGCCGCCGCCGCUGCUGCUGCUGCCUCCUUUAUGCCUGCCAGCGAUUUGUACUAUGCCGCUGCUGCAGCUGCUGCUGCUGCUGCCAGCGCGCCCUCAGCUGCCUUUGGCAUGGAUCCCUUUACCUUGGGUCUGAUGGAGCAGGAGUAUGCGCGUGUUAUGGCAGAGGAUGCGCAGCUCAAGGCGCUCAAUGCGCGCAAGCAGCGCCCGAAGAAGUUCAAGUGCCCACACUGCGAUGUGGCGUUCUCCAACAAUGGCCAGCUCAAGGGGCACAUACGCAUACAUACUGGUGAGCGUCCUUUCAAGUGCGACGUCGAAAGCUGCGGCAAAACCUUUACACGCAACGAGGAGCUGACGCGACACAAGCGCAUACACUCGGGUCUGCGUCCUUAUCCUUGCAGCGCCUGCGGCAAGAAGUUCGGUCGCCGUGAUCAUCUCAAGAAACACAUGAAGACGCAUAUGCCGCAGGAACGCCAGCUGGGUCCGGCUCUCUUUAUGCCCAUGUAUCCAUAUCUCUAUGGCUACUAA